AUGAAGCCCCCCGACGAGGAUGUGGACCCAUCGACAAGAGAUCAACAUCGCGCCAGAAAUGCUCUCCGUGUCGUUGACCAAAUAACCCAAUCUCAAAGGCAGAAAGUCAUGGCUAAAAUCAUAAUACCUGCCAAAUGUCGCUCCGUCGACACCAAACGCCUUGUGCGUGUACUGGAGUUGAGCCAUGCCCGUGGAAUGACCACGUUGACCCAAGCCAAGCAUAUUGCUCUGGACGCAUACCAUGCCAUGUCGCCCAUCGACCAAGCUUCUUUCAAUGUCCGCGAGGGACCAGACCUUCAACGUUGUCUCAACCUCCUCAUCGAUUCCUCGGACAGUGCCCAUGCAGAAGUGGUCUAUACCCGUGACCUUCUGUACCGCACUCGCAACGCAUGGUGGCGUGAAGCCAACUACCUGGCCGCCAAACGACUUCUGCCUAACCGCAACGUUCGGGCGGAGCCCUUGAUUCAGCGUCGAAUUGCACAUCAUGAUCGUCUGGUACAUGGAUGGGAUCGGGAUCGCCGCCGCAAGGAACUGGACACACUGACUGCCUUUCAGGCCAUGUCAUCCAACAACCAGCGCUUGUUCCGGGAAUGGUACGGGGACUUGUUGAUGCUGCUUCACCUAGAGUUUGAAUGGCUGAUCGGCAAUGCCCUUCGAUUCUCGUCGUUUUCAACGCCUUCAGGGCCAUCCAGCAUGUUCGAUGGGGGAUUCGGGGCAUGGCUCCCUCUUCUUGCUCGGCUUCGUUCGCCCCGACAGCCUCGGGGCUGGCGCCCUGUUGCCCUCCGACCGCCCUACCUCGGUGCCCUCAUAUGUCUGAUGUUGACAAUAUUAUUGUGUCUGGAAGGACUGCGACAGUAUAGUGACCGUAAGGGAGGUCUCGCUUUCUUUCGAUACACCGACGAGGUCUCCUCCGUUCAAUCCUUUGCCUACAACUAUCUGCCCAUCAUUGUGUCCCUUGUCCUGGUCGUUAUAUGGACUGUCACCGAUUACGAUGUCCUCCGCCUGGAACCAUACUUCCAAUUAUCCCGACCUGAGGGAGCCCCUGCGACCGUGCUGUUCAUCAACUACAACUUUGGUCAGACUAUCUUGACUCCCAUCAACGCCGCUCGGCGCCGCCACUGGGUGGUUCUCUGGGUUUCGUUCGUGACGCUCUCGAUUCGAAUGAUUCUCCCCGCUUUACAAAGCACGGUGUUCGAACUGCGGGAGGUGACUGUGAUCGAUCAUGAAAGCAUGAAAAGCUGGCCGCACUUGGUGAAUCUAGCCACCCAAGAGAGCUGGAUGUCUACCCAGGCCAAUACCAUGGUCGACUCGGUGCUCUCCUCGAACGAUCAAUUGCAGCGCACUCGAUCAUCUAAAUACGCCGUUGCGCCCGUAGAAAUCCCUGGCACUCGUCGAGACGAAAGCACGAUGUGGACCCUUGAUCAGACUCUGUACUGGGCUGAGCUCUCAUGCCAGAAUGUUCUCGUUGGGGACAAACUGACAGUCGCCAUUGACGACCCCCAGGCGACAUACCCAACAAUCUCGUGGAAUGCGAGUGGCAUCGAUUUGGGCGCCAGCUAUGGAGGCGCUGACACAUGUACAUUGGAUUUCCACUACCAGAGUGUGUUUUUCUCUGCCACUGAUUAUCUCCAAGUCCGCUAUUGGGAGCCAGUUAUCAGCAAUGCAGCUAAAGAGGCGUAUCCGAAUCGAACUCAAGCCUUCACAGCCUCUGGCUGUGAUCCGUACGACUUAUAUGGCAUGAUCAUUGGGGUAAAUGCUACAACUCAGAAUUCCACCUCCAAUUACUCUGUUUCGGGGGUGGCUUUCGCUUGUGACAUCACAUACCAUCAAGCAGAAGCACGAGUAUCGAUGCACUCCAAUAGCUCCAUCACAUCCAUUGAUGUUAAUCGGGCCACAACCAGAAAUCUCACGGCAGCUGAGUUCAACAUCGAGCAUUUCCAGGCCCUUUUGUCUCAGCGCGCUCCCUAUACCAGCGACAUGCUGUUCAUACGUGAGAACGCCACCACGGGCGCUCGUACAAUCACAGAGUUGCCGGUCAUCAGUCAGGAACUGGGAGAUCUGCAGCCCGUUUUGGUACUUGACACGUCGACUAUCAUGACCGAAGUUGAAUUUGUGUCCAAGAUUGGAAGAGAUGUGAAACAAACGUUUGUUUUAACUAUGGGCCGCCUAUUUGACCCCGAGACCGCACCAACGAUCAUUGCGGCGGCUCGACUAUCGAAGCAGGUCGCCAUCGCGGUGGUUGACUUUGCCGCUCUGUGGUCUGAAUUCAUUCUCAUCUUGGCGACCUUGACUGCUUUAUACCUCCUUUAUAUGUAUCAUUCGCGUGAAUUGUUCCUCAAAAGUGACCCAGGCUCGAUUGGCGCCAUGUGCAGCAUUACAGCAGAUGUCUUUCACCCUUCCAACAUCCUCGCCGAGCCAGUGGCAGAAUUCCACCAAUUUUCCACUCGUCAGCUACGCCGCAUAUUCAAAAACGCUCGGUGCUUUUGGCGACCCGGUCCAUCUGGGAGCCGAUUAGAGAUUCUUGCUGAGGAUGGCUCACCCGUACAGCUUGGGGAAAACCUUCAAACCCAUGUCGACCCUAUGCCUCAUUUUCUGGUGAUACCUUUCUUUUUGGUGGAAUUUCUAGCCUUGGCUGGAGUAAUCAUUCUCAUGGGCCUGGUAGUCGCAUCUCUGCUACGCGACGGCCGAUUUCGCCAUUUGACUCAGUCCGACUCGAGCGCAUUCCAGGUCGUUCUGUCCUUCUUACCAUCCAUCAUCGCAUCUUCCGUUGGAUCUUUGUGCACAUCUAUCCACCGCAAUCUAAGCGUUCUUGAGCCCUGGGUUCACCUACAAAGGGGGAACGCCUCGGCACGGGCCUCAUUGUCCUUGAAUUAUUCAUCGCAAAGUCCUUUUGCCAUUUUCAUCAAGGCGGUUCGUGACCGCCAUCUCCUGCUGGGUCUGGUAUCCAUAGCCUGCGUCGUAAAUAUGGCCUUGACUGUUGUCGCCGGUGGACUCUUCACUCAACAGUUGACAACCACGACACUGGACACAAACGACUUGACUAUGAAUUACAGUCAGUCUACUUUCUGGCAGACCGAUUUUGCAGCGGAAUUCACCGAGUAUGAUUUAAUCCAGACCAGUAUAACCAGUGGUGUACCUAUGCUCUCAUGGACCAGUCCAAAUCAGUCCUUCAUUCCCGUGCAUGUGAACAAUCGCAGCCCAGAUGUGACAUAUGGCGCAUCGACACUUGGGGUGGGCACAGAACUCAACUGCCAAGCACUCUCAACAAGUGACCUAGUGCAAAAUAACACAAAUGGACACCAGUUCUGGCGGUACGGUCUGUUCGCCAACUCCUCGAUGGAAUGUAUCGCGCGCAUGCCACCCCUGAAGAGCAAGGACGAAGGAAUUGCGUUAUCUAUUCAUUUCCUCUCCCCGGAUGAUUUGGACGAGUCGGACGUCUGUCAAACCUCGACAGUCCUUGUUGUUGGUCGGUGGGACUACAAGGCAGAUACCCCGAUGACCAAUGACAACACCAUAGCGUUGCACUGCGAGCCUCAGGUCCAAUUGCAAGAGUAUUCUGUGACGUUCGACCAGAAAGGACAAAUUGAUUGGCAUGAGCCAGUGGCCAAUACUGCCAUCCACCAAGGAACGAUGUACGACAAUGCCACUGUCAGCCUUGGUCAGUUCAACAAAGUCUUUGCAGCAAUCCCAAGCAGCUAUGUUGGAAAUACUACUAUGCAAAAUGGCACUUACAACAUAUCCUCGUAUGAUUGGGCAGGCUUCCUGGUCGCCCGCCUUUAUCAGCGCCAGGACCCGAAUUUUGAUUCCUUGGACUCAGACCUUCUGACUGACAUGACGCAGACUGUAUACCAGUGGGUAUACAGUACUUAUUUCUCCCUUUGGCGUGAUAUAUACCUCGAGCCGCUUGCUCAACCGAUCAAGGCUACAAAUGGCACAGUUACCCGUAGUACUUGGCACAUGGCCCCAUCUGCCCCAUCCCUCGCCAUCGCUUUGAGCAUCAUUGCCUUCGAUACUAUCGUUGUCCUCUUGGUAUUCGGCACUCGCCGUGGGCGCUUCCGGGGACCUAGAAUGCCGCGCUCGAUCGGCGCGAUCAUCCCUUGGAUCUCCCACAGCCAGAUGCUCCAUGACUUUGCCGAUACCCACACUUGGAGCAGUUCCAAACGACGUGCCCACAUUUCAGCAUUGAAUAAACGUUACGGGUUUCGUAUGUUCAUGGGCGCGGACAAUCGCUGGAGAUUCGCCGUUGACCAGGAACCGGAGCACGCCAAACCCCCCCGAGCCUGCGGACGUCAGCUCGGAGGUGGAUGUUGA